AUGUCUCUCGUCGAUCGUCACAGUCUCACGUUCUACCGGAUUUAUCGGAACAAAUCAACAGGAGAAUUCCAAUCGAUGCCAUAUGUUUUCUCUUUAUUCAGCUGCAGUUUGUGGAUCUAUUAUGCUCUCGUCAAAACUCACUCGGUCCCCCUCAUCACCAACAACGCAUUCGAAUGCCUCAUCGAGGCCGCCUACAUCACCAUGUACCUCAUCUACGCCACGAAGAAGGCUAGGAUCUUCACCAUCCGAGUCUUCGUCCUGGUGAACGUGGUGGCUUUUGCUGCGAUCCUUCUCCUCACUCAACCAUUGAUUACUGGUACUAAACGUGUGACGGUACUUGGAUGGAUCUGUGUCGCCUUCUCGCUUAGCGUCUAUGCCGCUCCAUUGGGCAUCAUGAUGCGUGUUAUCCGCACAAGGAGUGUGGAGUGUAUGCCAUUCAACAUACCGCUGUUCCACAUGCUGAGCGCGAUUGCAUGGUUUGGCUACGGCCUGUUUACCGACGACGUAUACGUUGAGCUCCCUAACGUUCCAGGGUUCGUGAUUGGAGUCGGACAAAUGGUGCUCUACGCGAUAUAUAGGAAGAAGAGCGGUGCUGUGGUGGACGCGGCCGAGCACGAAGUCAAAGUGGCGCUGCCGACGCCGAGCCCAGCUUCGGUGCGACAGCACAUCGUCAGGAUUGCGGAGCACGUGGUCAGGAUGGUGGAACUGGACCCGACCCUGGAUUUAGAGCCUCAGGCUAUCGCCGGCGAGAAUGAUCGCGAGAAGAAGAAGAAGAUCGACGUGGCGGAGCCGCCCCUAAUUUCAACUCCAGAGUUGGACAACCACGACGACAGGAAGAAGAAGGCGAAGGAGGAGAACGACAUGGGUGUGAAGAAGCCAAGGAUAGUGGUGGAGCACAUCAUCAACAUCCGUGAGCUGAUAUCAGUAGUAGCUUAA